UCAGCGGCGCCGACCUCACCAAGAUGGCCGCCGGUCCCGCCCCGGGAUCGAGUCUCCGCAUCGACCGCAUGAAAAUGGCGGCGGAGAAGCGGCAGUUGGUGACGUCGCUGCGGACGGAGCUGAGGGUUUAGGAGCCGUUGCUGUGGACGGAGAGACGGGAACGUGAGCGGCCAUUGAGGGCGGCCAGGGUGCCGGUGAGCCCCCCAUCUGCUCGGUGUGCGGGCCGGGCUUCAAGGGCUGAUCUUCGAUAGAGGACCACAUGACGGGGCACAACAAGGAGAAGCGUUAUGAGUGCGACGUAUGUGGCAAGGCCUGGCAGAGCCCGAGCCGGCUGGAGACCCACCGUCGGGAGCACACGAUAGAACGCCCCUUCAACAGCAUAGAGUGCGGCAAGAGCUUCAAGAGGGCGGAUGUGCUGAAGGCCCACCGGCGGGUGCACACGGGCGAGAAGCCCUAUGGCUGCUCCACAUGUGGCAAGAGCUUUACCCAGUUGUCGGGGCUGCGGGAGCACCAGCGGGUGCACAGCAGUGAGCGGCCCUUCACCUGCCCCGACUGCGGCAAAGGCUUCAAGUCGUCCAAGGAACUGAAGGUGCACAGGCGCGUGCACACCGGGGAACGUCCCUACACAUGCAGCGACUGCGGCAAGGGCUUCACCCAGUCCAGCGGCCUGCUGGUGCACCAGCGCACCCACACUGGCGAGCGCCCCUACACCUGCGCCCAGUGCGGCAAGGGCUUCACCCACCCAGCAACCUGCUGGUGCACCAGCGCACCCACACCGGCGAGCGCCCCUACACCUGCGCCCAGUGCGGCAAGGGCUUCACCCAGGCUAGUCGCCUGCUGGUGCACCAGCGCAUCCACACUGGUGAGAGUCCUUACACCUGCGCCCAGUGCGGCAAGGGCUUCAAUCCCAGUCCAGCGGCCUGCUG